GUGAAUGUGUGGAGGGUCUGUCCGAGGAGGAUGUGGUGCUGUUACACUCCUGUCGUCAGUGGACCACAGUGACUGCCCACAGCUUAGAGGAGGGACAUUACGUCAUUGGACCCAAGAUAGACAUCCCUCUGCAAUACCAGGGGAAGUUCAAGUUGUUGGAUGAAGACCGAGACGUCAGGGAUCCGGUCCAGUAUUUUUCCAGCGUGGAGGAAGUUGCCGGAGUCUUCCCCGACCGGGUCUUUGUCAUGGAGACGAUCACUUUUAGCGUCAAGGUGGUUUCAGGGGAGUUCAGUGAGGACAGUGAGCCCUACAGCUUCACUCUGCAGGCUGGAGAUGAGCUGUCACUCAUGGGGAAGGCGGAGCUGCUCUGUGCCACGCCCUCUAAGGAAAAAACGGGUCUGAGUGCACUCCUGAGACGCCUGGGCAAGACUCCUAGAAGUAAAACUCCCUGCCUGGUCUGUAUGAACCAUCGCACCAAUCAGAGCGUCAGCCUGCCCUUUGGCUGCCGUGGACGCUUUUGCACACGCUCCCCUCUGGAGCAAGGCAUGCUGGGAGGGGAGCACACGGUACGCAGCAUCAUCGAGAGGGUUCGCCUCCCUGUCAAUGUGUCCGUGCCUUCGCGACCGCCAAGAAACCCCUAUGAUCGCCAUGCAGUCCGAGAGGGCCACCGCUACAAGCUGCUCAACAUCGUCAGCAAGACGGUGGUCCUCUGCAUGGUGCUCCGCCGACAGGAAGUCUCCCCCUCCCACUUCCUGCUGCUGCGUUGCAUGCCCCGGUUCAACGUGGCCGAGGCCUCCGUCCACACGGCAGCGCUAGAGAGCCUCCUGUUGCGACAUGCAUUCGACCCAGAUGCCUACUCUCGUGCCGUUAGAGAAACCCGGCCAGAGCUGGAGUGUAUGACGGAGGAGUGUGUGAGCCCGCGACGCUCUCGCAUGUGUGUGUCAGGUCAGGACUCCUUGGCGCCGGCACUGCAGCGCCUCUCUAUGUGCGGGUAUGGGGGCGGGGUUUCGGACAGCCUGUCACAGCGCUGCAGGGACUCUCUUGGAGAGCGGCUGGGGGAGGGACCAGGUGAGGAGAGGGAGUAUGUGACUCCUGAGUGGACUGAGGCAGAAAUGAGGACCAGUGAGGAAAUCCCUUAUGAGGAACUGUGGACCAAUCAGAAUGCAGAGGGCUUGGGGAAGGAGCCAAACCUCAUCUCCUUCCAUUCGUCUUCCUCAUUGGACGGUUCUCUUGGUACCGUGUUGACAAGAGUGUCUACCCCGCCACCUGUACCUCCAAAAUCUGAUGCUGUGAGAGAGGAGUGCCGCUACUUGAUCGCCCCUCCGGUUCCCCCUCGCUGCUCUAAAGGAGGCUCCAUCUCCAGUCCAGUCCCCAGCCCUCCCGUCCCACCUCGCUUCCCCAAAGCCUCCACCUCCCCGAGACCCAACCUCUCCUUCUACUCCUCUGGACUUCAGGACAGCUGCUCGCCCUCUCCAGAUGCUUCCCUCUACUGCUACCCGUGCUCCUGGGCGGACUGUCCCGCCCCUAACCCAGCCAGUCCUGAGCCAGUCUCUGCCAUCCCUGCAGAGAACACAGCCAAUCCUCAGCCAGCGCAGGCCACCUGGGCAGAGCCGUGGGUAGAUUCCUUCACCUCCUCCGGACCUCGACUGAGGCCGCCACCUCCACAGAGUAGAUUUGCUCCCUUCGGGGCAUUGAACCCAUUCAACCGCCAGUCCCCUUGUCCCUCGCCUGAGCCCGCUGCCAAUCCCACGACAGAUUCCUCCAGAGGUGCAGAGGGCGGUGGGACAUCCACAGGGGUCACUGAAGGGUUGUCUCAGCCCCCUGACCCCACCUGGCGACCUCCUGCUGACCUGUCGGUGUUGUCAUUGGAGGAAGUGUCGGCCUGCCUGCGGUUCAUCGGCCUAUCAGAGGCAGCGGUGGCUGUGUUCCAGAGGGAGCGAAUCGACGGCAGCCUCCUGGUGCAGCUGACUGAGGACAUCCUGUCACAUGACUUCCACCUGAGCCGACUCCAUGUCACCAAAAUCACACAGUUCAUACAGGGCUGGAGGCCCAAGAUCUAACACACACACACACACGGUCCUGAUAAUGUGCCUGUUGGCUACUGAGCCAUCCUGAAUGUGCCUUCCACUGUGACCAACCGGCUGCUGAGCCCCACUGACUCAAGCUGAAACUUUGCUGAAGGAAACUACGCCACCCUGUGGUCGAACUAUAGAAGACACUUGACUGGCUCACAUGCCAGGAGUCUCUGACUGACUGCAUAAUUCCUGUCUGAAUCACAGACUGGGACUAGUUUACUAACAAAUGGCUACGACAGAGAGCUACACGAUGAAAGUGCCCUGUUUCAAUUCGUCUUUGGGGCAGAUAGUCAACCACAACACAUCUUCAGGCUGCGAGACAGCUAAAGGUUUUUAAGCACUACAUGGACAUGGUGCCACACAAAAUCUGAUAUGAGGGGAAAACAUGCCUUCAUUUUACUUAAAGAUAUUUUGACAAAUGAAUUUCUGCAGUUUUCACAUAUUGCAUUAUUCACGCCACAGUAAGGGUUUAAUGUGAGUCUUUGCAAUAUAAGGGGCAUUAAGGGAUUUACAGCAUCUAUUUGACCAGUAGGACAUGUAACAAUACAGAUGUAACAUUGAACCUGUUUCCUACUUGAGUGUCUUGCACAGCCCUCUUCAUCUGUCUCAUUGAGCUUCAGUGUGAUUGGCAUACAUAACAAAGUGGUUCUUGAGAGAUAAGAAAAAUGCAGAAAGUCUGAAAGUCAGAAGCACCCAAUAAGGAAAUUAUUGAGUUUCUGGUACUGAUCAAUGAUUCACUGAACCAUCUCUGAAUAUACAGUAUUUUGUUUGUAUUUGUAAGGCCAUUUUAUGCUUUGGGACAGUGACAUUUUUAUUAACAUUCCCUUUAAGGGUAACACAAGAUGUCCUUCUGUCAGUAGUCAGACACACAGAUGUGUUGCCACGUUAUAUUAGAAAUCUUCGACUGCCUCAGAAAUAGAGUUUUCAAAAUGUACCUCAGAUAAUUGUUCAGAUAUGCUUGAUUUAGCCAUGCAUAAUAAUAAAUGAAAUUACACUAAGUGAUAUGUUCACAUAGCUAUUUGUUUUCACUUCACUACACACCACUAGACAAAUAAACACACGUUUGAGUAAUAAGUAAGUAAAAAACAAACGGUGCAAGAGUGUCAAAAGUAUUGACAGUUUGAGGAAAGGAGGUCCAAAAUAUUAUAUAUUAUAAACUAUUGAAGUAUUAUUAAUGUUGCAAAAGAUAUUAAAACAACUGUUGUAAUUGUCCAGUUAUUAAGUAAUAAAAAUGAAAAUGUUUAGGAACAUCUACUUUUUAAUGUUCUGAAGUAAAUUGAGGGAAAUUUUGAUGGGCUAUUUUCUUUUCUUCCAUUUUCUUCCAUUUUUAUUCACCAAAUAAUUAACUAAUGAAAAAAUAAGAUAAAGGGAGUUUUGAGUUGCACCCCUACAUUUAAAUAAACAUGCUACAGAUUUGAAUUAUAUUGGCCGAACAUAUAAAACCUACAAAAUCUGACAGUAACAAAAUGACCAGAAUGAUUAAAAAUGUUAUUCCAGACUGAAUCUGGACAUCAGCAGAUAGAGGGAUGGAAGUUUUCCUCUGAAUUUGAAACAUAUAUCCAGCUUUAAUCUGGAUACAAACUAUUUCUUCAUACAGGUACACAUUAUGAUAGCAAUGUUAUGUAAGCAGGGACUGUGGCCUCAGCUAACACUGAGGGUUGUUUCAAGAAGUAAGACCAUCCAGUUUUGCCAGAUAACUUAAAAUGCAAUUUGUGUUGUUGUAAAUGUCAAAGUAAACAUGUUUGUUGUGAUUCUCUUGUUGCCAUACAAGCUGCUGUUCUCUCGUAAUGUCUGAAAUGAUCCUCUUUAAAUUCCAUAACAUUCAAAUAACAAAUUUGAUUUUAAAAAAAGUCUGCAGUUGGGUCAAAGGCUGCUUACUGAUGCCAUGUUUCUCCAAAUUGUUUCUCCUGACAUCUUAUAAACUCCAUAAAUCCUCUCUCCCUCUCUGUGAUCGUGUAACUGCGAGGCCACUGUAAGAAGAACAAUGAAGAAAUAAAUAAGAGAAUACAAAAUAAAUAGAAACGUAAUGACCUCUGAAAAUCAACUUAUCCUCUUUUGUUUUGUCUUGUGGUUGUGGGGAGCUGCAGUCGUAACAACUCACAGACAGGAGGUUGCGAGGUUUAUUGCAGAUAAGGCCGGAUACUGUGGCACUAUUAUUGCAUUGAAAGAAAAAGAUAAAAUAAAACAGCAUCCCAGAUCAGUUAUCAGAGAAAUGGGCAGUGCUGCAGGCUGU